UCCUACGCCGAAAACUAAGAGAGAUGUCGAACAAAAUCAUCCUCUUGAGUUUUGUAGCUCUUACUUUUAGCUGCCUUGCCUUAGCCUACGAGCCUAAACCCCUACAAGAUUUUUGUGUAGCCGAUCCCAACAGCUCAGUGAAAGUAAAUGGUCUAGUAUGCAAGGACCCGAUGAAAGUUAUAGCUGAUGACUUCUUCUUCAGUGGGCUACACCUCAUGGGCAACACAUCAAACCCUGUGGGAUCAAGGGUUACCACAGUCUUUGCAACUCAGUUACCUGGGCUAAACACUUUAGGCAUCUCAAUGGUUCGGAUUGACUACGCGCCAUGGGGACAAAACCCACCUCACAUUCAUCCAAGAGCCACUGAGAUUCUUACCGUUCUUGAAGGAAGCCUACUUGUUGGGUUUGUCACAUCCAACCCCAAUAACCGUUUUAUCACCAAGGUGCUGAAAAAGGGUGAUGUUUUCGUGUUCCCCGUUGGACUUGUGCAUUUCCAGAGUAACGUCGGGAAUGGGAAUGCAGUGGCUAUUGCUGCAUUGAGCAGUCAAAACCCUGGUGCCAUAACGAUAGCGAAUGCUGUUUUUGGUGCAAAUCCUCCAAUUCCAGGGGAUAUUUUAGCCAAGGCGUUCCAAGUGGAUAAAAGCGUGGUGGACCAACUACAAUCAAAGUUCUAGUGUAACAAAGAUUCUGAUGGGCCGGUGUUCGUGGGUGUGAUUGUUUGGCUUCAUUCAUUGGUGUGUUUUAAAGCUUUCAUUUUAAAUUAUGUGUGUGCAUGUUCGUGUUAAGUUAUUAAUCUUUGGUUUGCAAUGAAAAGUUUGUUUAUGGGAGUUUA